AUGCCGCCCCCUCCUCCCCCUCCGCCGCCGCCGCCGGGUGGGAUGGGUGGCCCUCCCCCGCCGCCUCCCCCAGGAAAUCUCCCCAAUAGACCAGCUAAAGGAGAAGUCAAAGAUCGGGGCGCGCUUCUUUCGGAUAUUCACAAAGGCACUCGGUUGAAGAAGGCCGUUACCAAUGAUCGAUCAGCGCCCGUCCUUGCAAAAACAGGAGGCGGUUCGGCAGCCGCUCCUGUCGCCGGUGCGCCUCCGGUUCCAUCGAUGAAGCCGCCCGGGGGACUUGCACCGCCAGUGCCCUCAAGUCCAGCCGCGAACCGAUUGCGAAGCAACAGCGAAGGAGUAUCCGGGGCAGACAGUGGCGCUAGUGCUCCAGCCGCUCAACUAGGGGGUCUUUUUGCCAGCGGAAUGCCCAAGCUACGCAGUCGUGGAGGUGUUGAUACGGGCGCCAACCGCGACUCCCCAUACAUGUCCGAUCCGGAGGCCGCACGUCAAGCACCCGCUGCCCCAGCUCCUAAACCCCCAACGGCUCCUCGGCCCCCUGGAGCCCGACCACCUCCGCCUCCCCCAACAUCAGAGUCGCCGCCCGCACCAACAGUUAACCCGCUGGUUGCUGGCCUUAAAAAACCUCCGCCGCGGCCCGCCUCAAGGCCGUCGGCAGCUUCUGCGGCAAGCACGAAGACAGUACCGGAGGCACCUCCUCGUGCACCUCCGCCACUUCCGGGGAUGACCAAGGCUCCACCACCCCCUGCCUCGCGAAAGCCCUCUGCGCCUCCGCCUCCGCCGCCUUCAGCUAGCCCUGCUGCCCCUCCCCCCCCCCCCUGCCUCUGUGUCGCGGCCGCCGCCUCCUCCCCCGGCAACUCCCGCACGAUCUACCCCUCCUCCGCCUCCGCCGUCGGGAGCUCCGCCAUCGAUUGCCGCUCAAGCUGCGCGCACGGCUCUUGGCCAGCACAACAACCACUCGCCUUUGGCACCACCGCCACCACCCCCGCCUCUGCUCCUGCUGCUCCUCCUCCACCACCCCCUCCAGUAUCACCUCCUUCAGCCCCACCGACCGACCCUCCGUCUCGCCCGUCUCCUGUUCCCUCCCGCCCCGCAUCCCAGGAACCUCACCCUGCGCUGAACCCCAGCGCCUACACGCUCACCAACGGUGGAUUGUCGCCAUCCCCCUCGCGGAGCCCGUCCUCAUACGGUAUGCGAAUAGAAGACCCGCGAUUCAAGUUCCAGGGCGAUGGCUUGCUGCCCAAGCCUCGACCGUUCACCGGCGGGGCUCGGCGAUACCGCGCGGGACGAGGCAGCAGUGUGCCAUUGGACCUGGCUGCAUUGAGUGGCUGA